AUGGCCUUUCUUUGGUUAAACCGGGCCCGAUUUUCAUCCCUAGCUGCAUCGUCCUUUUUUUUUACAGAAUGCAUCGCACUUCUUGCUAUCUCAGCAUUCGAGAGCCUACGAGGAGGUAUUGGAAGCCAUUUCUGCCUUGCUUCGUCCUCCGCCGCCGCGAGCGCGUGGCGGCGCUCCCUCCGCGGCGCCCUCCUGCGCGGCUCCCCGUGGCGCGCCUCCGCCCCCGCCCCCGCCGGCGCCCGGCAGGCCAGCAGGACGGUCUCCGCCGUCGCAGCGCCCAUUAAGGUGCCCCCGCCUCCCCGCAAGGGUAGGCUUUUGACUGGGGCCAUGAUAGGAUUGGCCAUUGCUGGAGGUGCUUACGUGAGUACUACCGACGAGGCCACGUUUUGUGGGUGGUUAUUCAAAUCAACAGAACUCGUGAAUCCACUUUUUGCGCUACUAGAUGCAGAGUUUGCUCAUCGUUUGGCUGUUUCUGCUGCUGCUCAUGGAUUUGUCCCUAGAGAAAAGAGACCCGAUCCACCAGUUCUUGGGAUAGAGGUUUGGGGAAGGAACUUUACAAAUCCAAUUGGUCUUGCUGCUGGUUUUGAUAAGAAUGCUGAGGCUGUGGAGGGUCUAUUGGGUCUUGGGUUUGGCUUUGUGGAAGUUGGCUCUGUAACACCUCAGCCUCAAGAGGGGAAUCCUAAGCCGCGAAUAUUCAGAUUGAAAGAGCAUGGUGCUGUAGUCAAUCGCUGCGGGUUCAACAGUGAAGGAAUUGUUGUAGUUGCUAAGCGUCUUGGGGCACAACAUGGUAAGAGGAAGAUGGAGGAAACUUCGAGCUCCAGUGAUGUAAAGCAAGGAGGGAAAGCAGGUCCUGGGAUUUUGGGAGUCAAUCUUGGCAAGAAUAAGACUAGUGAAGAUGCUGGUGCUGAUUACGUGCAAGGAGUUCAUUCAUUGUCACAGUAUGCUGAUUACCUGGUCAUAAAUGUUUCUUCCCCAAAUACUCCUGGUCUUCGCCAAUUGCAAGGUAGAAAGCAGCUGAAAGAACUUGUGAAGAAGGUGCAAGAUGCACGAGAUGAGAUGCAGUGGGCUGAAGAUGGUCCACCACCAUUGCUUGUGAAGAUCGCACCGGACUUGUCGAAGCAAGAUCUUGAGGACAUUGCUGCCGUUGCUCUUGCUUCCAAGUUAGAUGGCCUGAUUAUAUCGAACACAACAAUUUCAAGGCCGCCUCCUGCAGACGCACAUCCAUUAGCUCAGGAAGCCGGCGGAUUAAGUGGGAAGCCUCUGUUUGACUUAUCUACUCAAGUUCUCAGGGAUAUGUAUAUCCGUACAGGCGGCAAGGUUACCCUGAUAGGCUGUGGUGGUGUAACUAGCGGCGAGGACGCAUACAAGAAGAUACGUUCUGGAGCUACGCUUGUUCAGCUUUACACCGCACUUGCCUACGGAGGUCCAGCUCUCAUCCCGAGAAUAAAGGCCGAGCUCGCAGAAUGCUUGGAAAGAGACGGCUUCAAAUCUAUCCAGGAGGCAGUGGGAGCAGACUUCAAGCCCUUGAAGGCCUGA